CCUCUUGCAUCCUUUCAAGUUUUUGGGUUUUCUUUUCUGUCUUCGUUUUCCUCCUCAUCACAUCACAACAUUUAACUAGCUAGCCAAUUAAACUAGGCCCAUAAUGGGAAGCCCAGAAUCCAAUUUGCCACCCGGUUUCAGGUUCCACCCAACCGAUGAAGAGCUCAUUCUUCACUACCUUAGUAAAAAGGUAGCAUCCAUUCCCUUGCCCGUUUCCAUCAUUGCUGAGGUUGAUAUCUACAAGUUGGAUCCAUGGGACUUGCCAGCUAAGGCCACGUUUGGGGAGAAAGAAUGGUAUUUUUUCAGUCCUAGAGACAGAAAGUACCCAAAUGGUGCAAGGCCAAACAGGGCAGCUGCUUCAGGGUAUUGGAAAGCCACUGGCACUGAUAAAACCAUACUGACAUCAUUGCAUGGAGGUGGAACAACCCAAGACAACAUUGGUGUUAAGAAGGCUUUGGUGUUCUACAAAGGUAGACCCCCAAAGGGUGUCAAGACCAAUUGGAUCAUGCAUGAAUAUCGCCUUGUAGACAACAACAGACCCAUUAAGCUCAAAGACUCCUCCAUGAGAUUGGAUGACUGGGUGUUAUGCCGGAUUUACAAGAAAUCCAAACAUGCUCUAACAUCAACAGAGGCAACAAUAGGGGUAGGUGAGGUAGAUCAAGCAGAAGAGAAUCUAUUCAAAGAGACCCUUUUGCCAAUUUCAAAAACUCCUACAACUCCACCUCAGAACACAUUAAUAUCUCAGAAAUCUGUGUCCUUCUCCAACUUGUUAGAUGCCAUGGACUACUCUGUUCUGAGCAAUUUCUUAUCUGAGAAUAAUCAUUCAAACCCACCAGGGGUUGGAUCAAGUGCAGGCUUCAACACUGGGAAUUUGGACCAACAAUCCUCUCCAAUCAAUAGUUACAUGUUUCAGAAGAACCCUUCAGCCCCCAACAUGGAAAUCAUGAGGCCAAAGCGCCAAGUUUCAAGCAUAGAUGAGGACACGUUGUACCCAUCAAAGAAAUACUCUUGCAACUUCCCUAACAUCAAUGCCCAAUAUGAGAACCCACAAUGGAACCACCUCAUGAAGCAGUCCAUGUUGAAUCAGCGCUUACUCCUUGGUCCCCAUCUUCAAUUUCAGUGAUAAUUUCCAAAUUACCAAAAGAUUAAGUCAGAAAAAGGAAGAAGAAAUAAAAGUUUGAAAUAGAAAAAUUAUAGAUAAGAAAAGUAAUCAGAAGCUGAACCUAUUAAAGAACCCUACCAAUUUGAUCAUUUAGAUAAGGAUUAGUACAUAGGAAUUAUAGCGGUUUCUUUUUUCUCUUUAAUCAAUUUGUGCUAAGAAAUGAAGAAUAGAAGGUUAGGUUGGAAGGAGGAACUAUUUGGUAGCUAAGAAGUAAAAGUAAAAUUAAAAAAAAAAAAUUUAAAAAAAAGAAGAUUCCAGCAUUCAAGGGUCAAGAAACUGUUGAAACAAAAUAUCCAAGUUUCUAUGACAACUCAGAAACAUUUAUUGCACAAAAUGUGAACUUGUACGUGUUGGGGUUUGGAGGUUAGCUUUUUAUAAUAUACUUUGUAGAUAAGGUAUUGUACGUGAUGAUUGUGUUGAUAUUUUUCAUUCUUUUCGGGAAAGUCUAGCUAGCUAAGAAUUUUCUUCAGGGAUUGGAAAGCAACCAUUUGUUAUUUCAGUAUGAUCAAUAGUGCAGCUUUAUCUUUAUCA